UUGGUUUUUCUUGCUGAACUACUAGCGUAGCAAAAAUGUUCUAUGUUUACAUAUAGGUAAAUCAGUCACUGCACUCAAUCUACUCUAAGUAAACAGCUGGUCAGAAGAUCCAAGUGUGCUGGCCCGCUUCUUCAGCUGAGACCCCUCGCUGGGAGCUCUUAAGACAUCCAGCAGGCAAUGACCCGGCUAACUGUAACUGUAUAUCUCACAUAACCCUCAUGUCUUCACUGUCUGUGGACUGAGGACCACCACCACCCCCCCUACAAGAUCGGCAGGAGUGAGGAUUUAGAAAUGUUCCAUAUCCCCAUAUCCUCUCUCUCCUAAUCCUUUUCCCUCUCUCUCUCAGUGUCUCUCUCUCAUUUGGUCGUCCUCUCUCUCUCCUGUGCCCGGCAUGUCUGUCAUUACACUGACCUGUCGCCAUAGCUGCAAGAAUUAGUACAGUGGGAGGGGCCGCGUCCAGAGGAAAAUUUUCAGAGUGUGGCUUUAGUGAGCAUUCGUCUAGUGGGCACGUGUGAGUGAAAGGUGAAGAUGGACUACAACAGCAGUAGAAGGACAAACAGGCGCACUCGGUCUUCGUGCAGCCCGGAGAAGACCCGUAAAGAGAUCAUGACCAAAGGCUCCAGUGGGAUGGAGGUCAUUCUCUCUUCUCUAGAGAACACACGGGACUUGCAGACGAUUCUGAACAUCCUGUGUAUUCUGAAUGAACUGCUGACAGUGGGCGGGGGCCGCAGGGUCGGAGUGUUCGUAUCUAAAGGAGGAACAGCCAUCCUUCUGCAGCUACUCGUCCAAUCUGGAAAAGAAACUUCUCCCAGUGAAGACCUCAUGCUCCAGUUACAUUCUCUACUGGCCAAAGUCGGACCUAAAGACAGGAAGUUUGGAAUUAAAGCACGUCUGAAUGGGGCUCUGAAUGUGACAGUGAAUCUACUAAAACAGAACCUGCAGAACCACAAACUCCUGCUGCCAUGUUUACAGGUUCUCCGAGUCUACUCCAGCAACUCAGUGAAUGCUGUAUCACUGGGGAAGAGUGGAGUUGUGGAGCUGAUGUUUAAAGUCAUUGGACCAUACAGCAAAAAAAACACCACUCUGCUGAAGGUGGCGCUUGAUACUUUGGCAGCGUUGCUGAAAUCAAAGAUGAAUGCCCGGCGGGCAGUGGAUAGGGCACAUGUGCCUGCUCUGCUGGCCAUAUAUCAGGACUGGCACCGCAACGACACCCGCCACAGACACAUGCUGAUUCGCAAGAGCAUUCUGGGAUGCAUAAAACACAUCACCAACAUUAAGCUGGGCAGGAAGGCCUUCAUUGAUGCUGAUGGAAUGAGAAUUCUCUAUAACACCUCAACUGAGUGUUUGCCUGUUCGGACUCUGGAUCCUUUAGUAAACACUUCCAGCCUGAUCAUGAGAAAAUGCUUCCCAAAGAAUCGCCUGCCUCUGCCCACCAUUAAGAGUGUAUUUCACCACCCACUACCACAUGUUCCAGCCAGUGGACCAGUCGCUCAACUCUACAGCCAGCCACCAGGGGUGGAUGACGUUGUGGAUGAGAGUGACGACAAUGAAGACACGGAGGUCGACACGGAAAAUGAUACAGAGACUGAAGAGGAUGAGAAGGACCAUAGGGCACAGAAUGACGACAUCGAGACUGAUAUCAACAAACUACGACCCAGGCAGGUUCUCACACGCCCGUUUGAGGAACUGAGAGUUUAUGAGCGCUUUUUUCGGGAGUUCUCUGAGGAUUUUCAGGACUGUGAAUUUGAGGGCAGUAAAUCUACAUCCCACUCUGCUCCCGAUGCCCCAAAGCCCCUCCGGUCUAUCAUCAUACCCACAGCUCGCUCCACACCUGGACCUUUGACUGACCCCAGAAACAAACCCCCACGGCCAGACAAAGGGGAGCCGCCCCGGCUCAAAGAUGCUCCAGUGGACCUGGACAGCAUCUCCAUCUCCAAAGCUCCGGAGAGCAAGCUAGAGCUCGAGCUUGUGCAGGGCCUCAGCCAGCUGCUGCUGGACGCCUCUGAGUCAGUGAAUGGAGGCUGCGGAGGGGAGGGGCCUCAGGAGGAGAGUGGGGAGCAGGCGGUGCUGGAGGUGCCUGACACAGCUGCCCUUCUGCCUCUGCAUGACCCUGACCUGUACCUGGAGAUGGUGAAGGGGACACGCUCUGUGCCUGGCUACACAGAAGUGGCCUACCCGGAUUAUUUCGGUCACGUGGCGCCCAACUUUCGGGAGCAUAUUGUAGAGAGAGUUUAUGGGGUGCAGAGGUCAAAAAUCUUCCAGGACAUUGAGAGACUCAUUCACCCCACUGAUAUCCUGGACAAAGUUGUGUAUGACCUUGAUUUGCAGAGUUGCCCGGUCAUUGAUGACGGAGAGUGUCUGAAGUUCAACUCGCAGUUUGAAUCUGGUAACUUGCGGAAAGCAAUUCAAGUCAGAAAGUUUGAAUAUGACUUGGUGCUGAACUCAGACAUCAACAGUAAUCACUACCACCAGUGGUUCUACUUUGAGGUGAGCGGCAUGCGUGUGGGAGUGCCCUAUCGUUUCAACAUCAUCAACUGUGAAAAAUCCAACAGCCAGUUCAACUAUGGCAUGCAGGUGCUGAUGUACUCUGUACAGGACGCCAUCAGUGGCAGCCCUCGCUGGGUUCGUACUGGAUCUGACAUCUGCUACUACAAGAACCAUUUCUCGCGGAGCUCCAUUGCAGCCGGGGGCCAAAAGGGCAAAUCCUACUACACCAUGACCUUUACUGUGAACUUUCAGCACAAGGAUGAUGUCUGUUACUUUGCCUACCAUUAUCCAUACACCUACUCUACCCUGAAGAUGCACCUGCAGAAGCUGCGUGCUCUGUGCACUCCUCAGAUCUACUACAGGCAAGAGCAGCUGUGCGAGACGCUGGGAGGUAACGGCUGCCCUCUACUGACCAUCACCGCCAUGCCAGAGUCCACUGGCAAUGACCACGUCUGCCAGUUCAGGAAUCGGCCAGUCGUGUUCCUGUCAGCGCGAGUUCACCCAGGAGAGACCAACGCCAGCUGGGUGAUGAAGGGCACUCUGGAGUUCCUCAUGAGCUCCAGUCCUCUGGCACAGAGCCUGAGAGAGAGCUACAUCUUCAAAAUCAUCCCCAUGCUCAACCCAGACGGGGUCAUCAACGGCAAUCACAGGUGUUCUUUGAGUGGUGAGGAUUUGAACAGACAGUGGUUGAACCCCAGUGCGGAGCUGCACCCCACCAUCUACCACACCAAGAGUUUGCUGCAGUACCUCACCGCUAUAGGAAGAACUCCACUGGUAUUCUGUGACUACCAUGGUCACUCACGCAAGAAGAACGUGUUCAUGUAUGGCUGCAGCAUAAAAGAGACAGUGUGGCAGACCAACGUCAGCGCAAGCUCCUCUGACCUGCAGGAGGACCUGGGCUACAGGACCCUGCCGAAGUUGCUGUCUCAGUUGGCCCCUGCCUUCAGCCUCUCCAGCUGCAGCUUCGUGGUGGAACGCUCCAAAGAGUCCACAGCCCGUGUAGUGGUGUGGAGGGAGAUUGGCGUCCAGCGCAGCUACACCAUGGAAAGCACGCUGUGCGGCUGUGACCAGGGCAAAUACAAGGGUCUCCAGAUUGGGACGAGGGAGCUGGAGGAGAUGGGAUCUCAGUUCUGUGUAGCUCUGCUCAGACUGAGGCGCCUCACCUCCCCCUUGGAGCUCCGCAACCACCACACGCACCUGCUGGACAUGGAGAGUGACCUGAUAGAGACACGCUGCAAUAUCACCUGUCCCACCACUUACGUGAUGGAGGAAGAUGAGCCUACAUUUCUAGAGGAAGUGGACUACAGUGCCGAGAGCGAUGAAGAGAAUGACCCGGACGUAGAUCAUGCCCACCUGGACCCCAGCUCUGACCCAGAGUUCACCCACCAAGACUCUCUGACCUGAGCUAUAGUAAUGCAUACCAAAUUCAGCUUCGCUACACAGCCCUGCCUACACUAUACCAAACCUUUCCACAGGUGAACUGAGCCAGAAUCGGUUCUGACACUAAGAUAUUAAAAUUCUGUCUUAAUCUAAAUAGCCUCAUUUUAAACACAUACCUGAAUCCUACUGGACAACAACAACCUGAUACACUUGCUCUUGAACAUAACCGAAUUAGGUACAAUUAACAAUAUGUAGCUUUAAUAAACUAGAGUAAUGGUAUAAGGUCAAGUUCAUAGUAUUAAAUCACCAGUCAACCGCAAAACAUGCAAACCACAUAUUGUUUGUGAUUCUCCAACUAAAAGUAUGUAAAGAUAUAAUCUAACUGUAGCUGUUCAUUAACUAAAUGUUAAUAUUGCUGAACACUUGAAGAAAACCAGGUUUUCACAGUUUGCCCCGAAUGAAGAUGCUUAACUUUACUUAAUGCACUGGAGCUACAAGGCUUAUGUUGCUAACGAGUAGUGGAAGCUUACACUCCACCAGUUAUGCAGCACCGCUAUCCAUUUUUGUAGUUAACUUUGGCUGGAUCUCAAAUGGCUCUCUACUCCUCUUAAAGUGUACUGCAUAGGGCAUGAAACUAUGGCUCCUACACCCACAUAUUGUUCUAAAUGUUAGAUAGAGAGCUGUGCAGCUAAUGACUGAAUAUGAUGACUUUCUAUUCCACACAUGAAGCUCUAUUCAGGUGUGGAAGCCAUUAUUUCAUGGCCUACAUAGUGCACUAUAUAGGGAUGAGGAAGCCAUUUGAUACUCAGCCUAUGUUAUAGUGUCAGAAACCACAUAAACAGUUCUGUUUGGGGAUUUCCACUGAUUUUUCACUUUUUCUGCAAUUUAAUCAAUGUAGACAAAGUCAUUCAGAGU